AUGGAGCGCACCACAAACCCUGAGCCUGAGAGUGUCUUGUCCCGAGCGGCAUUUCAUGGAGAUCUCGCCCAGGUCAGCAUGCUGCUCGACAAUGGCGAGGAUUAUCGAUCUUGGGACAAGUCUGGAUGGACUGCACUUCAUUGGGCUGUUGUUGCCAGGCAUCUUCAUAUCGUUCGAAAGCUCCUGGAGCAUCAUUCAAAGUCUGGACAGCCCGACCUCGAGUUGUAUAGACUUUCUAAAGAGCAGGUCAAUUCAUAUACCAAUGCGCCCCCUCCUGUUAUCCUGGCCGCAGAGGGGCAAAGUCCCAGUGAAGUGGAGAUCUUCUGUGAACUCGUGCACUACCUAGAGAUACCGGAUGAAGAGCUGCGUGUUGCCAAGUUCAACAUAAUGUGGGAACAUGGCAAAUUCGAUACCGGUCGGUCACGAUUCUCAGCCAAUCUGUGGAGGGUGAUAGGAAAAGAGCAGCGCUACAACGGACUUGACUCUGGAAUACCCAGACCCGGCGGAUAUGGCAGAAAUGAUUUCAAUAGCCACAGAGCGAAUGAGUCGGAUUGGAAGUCUGUGUUAUUCCCGUGUGCUAUCCGUGAUGGCCAAUUGUCAGUGAUGCAGAUGCUCAUCAAAGCGGGCGCCGACGUCAGUCUUGGCCGUGCACUCCAUGUAGCCGCCUUCCGCAGUGAUCCAAGUUACGUGCAAUGUCUCAUAAGUCAUGGCGCAAAUGUAAACUACAUAACGCCGGCCGGGCGUACAGCUCUACAUGAAGCUGUUAUGAAUGGGUUCUUGGAUACAAUCACCGCCUUGGUCGACGGUGGGGCAGAUGUGAACCAGCAACAGACUGAGGAAUACGGGGAAUCAGCACAAGCUCUGGAUUGUCGUCUUACCACUGAAGGGUUCGGCUUCUGGCUGACCAGGAAAGGUGCAUCCACACUGAUGCAAGCGUGUGGGUUUCUACUUGGUCGCAACCACCCGGUUCGCCAGCGAGGUCUAGAAGAUGAGAUGCAGCUACCGGAAGAGAAGAGCUUCAAGAUUGUGCAAUUUUUAUUGUCCAAAGGUGCAGAUCCGACGUUGACCGAUUCAGUUGGAAUGACAGUACUUCACUAUGCGGUCUUGCAACCUGAUGUGUCGCUCAUCAAGCUUCUAGUCCAGUCGGGAGCUUCCGUGGAAGCUCUGGACAACGAAGGACGAACGCCACUACAUUACCUAGCCCGAUGUGACGAUAAUGUCAAUUUACAAGACCUCGAAAAGGUAGCCUUCCUACUUUGCCGGAAAGGCACCGCGGAGCUCUCUACAAUCCUUCUCAACCGGCCUGUGUCCAGACCCCAACCGCCAGGCGAAGACCAAGGGGCUGCUCUUCGUUCGUUGACUGUCACGAAGGCUAUUCAAAAGAAUUACCGAGUCUCUUGGAUAUCAGAAGAUGAUGAUUCACGCACUCCACUUGCCAUCGCUCUACUUGGUAAUCGAUGGAAAGUCAUUGAUGUCCUCAUGCGUUUUGGUGCUACCUUGCCAGCCAACAUUGACUUGCAGGCCGUAUUGGAUAACGCCAUCAAGGACCUCGAAGUGAACUUUGUGGAUGUUCUACUACAAAAUGGGGUGCAACCGCCACCAUUCUCACUCAUUACAUUGAUCCGAGGAUACACAGAGCAGAGAAGAAAGAAAAAAGUAGCUAGCGACCUAUACGCAAGGCUUAAAUCCAUAUUGACCACCAUAAUACAUGCAGGAGCGGAUGUAAACUUCUGCGAGAUAGAGGAAAUUCCAAAAAGCGAAUAUGUGUUUUCAGAGAGCGAGGAAGAGGAUUCGGAUGAGAACACAAAGUAUCCAGUCAAAGAUGGUCUAAGAAUCACAACUCCUUUAAAUCUCGUUGCGAGCAUUGCCGGUUCACGAGAAAUACUCGAAGAACUUCUGUUAUUUGGUGCAGAUGUGUCCGGCGUGUCUUCACACGCAUUUGACCCGAUUCUGACUGCUGCAUUGUUCGGAGAGUUGCAGGACCUGGAAUGUCUCUUGGAUCAAGCUUUGUCUCAUCCACGCGAGAACCACUGGUCAAUGUUCCUGGGGGACAUGUCCGAGGAAAACGAUGCUAUUGUCCGCGUGUGCCACAGCCUGAAGAAAGCGGACCUCCUGGACAGGACCAACUAUAAAGGCUGUACGCUUCUGCAUCUUGCUGUAGAGAAGCGCAAGGAUAAGCUGGUUACAUCAUUGCUUUCGCACGCGGCUAGGUCCGACAUCCUUGACAAUAAGGGAUUCCUUGCCAUUGAGUGUGCUGCUAUUGCCCGCAAUGCACAUGCAUUUGAAGCGCUUUUUAUAGCGCGAAAUGUUGCGGAACCACGCAAUUCUCCAGGGUGUGAGGAGUUCGGGCAAUUGAAAAACAAGGUUGACCUUGCUCUUUUAUACUCUAAUCAGGGCGUGGACGUCAUCUCGACCUUGCUACGAAUUGCACCUGAUUACAUCUUCGAUCGAUACCGAGGCCACAAUGCCCCUCCAAUGAUCUAUCAAGCAGCGGAAUCUGGAAGUAUGGAGCUUUUAUCAUUCCUGCUGAGUCAAAAACCUGACAUCGAGGCUGGGGAUACCUAUGGUUGGCGACCACUGCAUAUUGCAUGCUAUCGCGGCCGCACAGAAAUCGUCCAGGAGCUUAUCGCUCAUGGUGCAAAUGCACAUUGUGCCACUGAGGAGUGGAAUGAUGGAGAUGACGGGCCUGCGGAUCUAUACUUCGCUGAGCCCUGGACGGCCACGCCUCUUCAUCUCGCCGCCAUGGGUGGUCAUGUAGAUAUUGUCCAAAUCCCUGGCCAUGGUCCGACGGCACUUCACCUCGCGCUCGACACGCAUGAACAACACCGUCGUGAAGGAGAAAUACUCAGCGAGAAGAGGCUGAAAAUUGUGCAGUUGCUGGUUAAUGCGGGCGCCAUGGUACGGGGCGUGGUUUGUCAGAUGUCGGUGGAGGAGAAACUCAGGUUCCAUAGCUUCCCUGGUCUCUUGGAGGCUCUUCUUGCGGAGGACAUGACCGCUGAUGAAGAGGGUGGACAAGUCAAGGUGUGA